CUAAAUAAAUACCUGCUUCCACUUGCUGGGAGGACAGAAAAAAGCAAUAGAUAGAAAAAAGUAAGGAUGUUAAAAGCAGUUUAAUGCUGUGGCUUAUUUAAUGAACUGUACAUUAACAUACAUGCAUGUGUGUGCAUCUUCAAUUGUAUUACUGUCCUUGACAGACAGCCUCCCAUUUACACUUCUGUGAACUUACUGUCACCUCUGGGUGGAUGUGAUUAAGACGGUCCGGUCCGGUGUACCGGCAAGAGCUGGUACACAGCUGACCAUACAGCUGCCAGAGUUCUGGGGCUCCCAGCUGCUGCAGCUACCACUACCAUGGGGCUCCCAUCCACCUUUGCCAGCGCCCAGGGCCCUUUAAAUUGCUGCCGGAGCCCUGGGGUAGCAGUGGCGAUUUAAAGGCCCUGCCCCUUCUGCCUGAGGGGGGGAGCCCCCCAUUGCUCAGGACCCUGGCCUUGCAUGUAUGGUUCUCUGCAGGGUAACACUCUAGAGCAGGAACCCUGGGUUCUGAAUACAUAAUACUUCCAGCCCAGACCUGACGACAUGAUAAAAUAUCUGGCUGCUUCUCCACACUAAAUCUGAUUAUAUCAGAGCUGCUUUGCUGCUGGACAACUUGACCAACAAAACCUCUCCCUUGCGAAAAUUGCUGGCAUUAAAGAGCGAACUGGCAAUGUCGUCAUUUGGGAAUGGAGUCCCUGUUUCAAAAGGCACCCUGGAGAACUGUCUUUUGAGUGCCUGAAUUGGAUUAGGGUAGCUAAGCUCAGGACACAAGCUGCUUUGAAGCAAUGACCCCUGUUUAACACAAGGAUCUGGACCAUGUACCAUUAUGGUUUUGUGCCUCCAGAGCAUUAUCCAAGCAUGAACCAGCCCUCCCCAUACACCUACCUGCCUCUUGGUCCUGGCAGACUGGUUGAAUCUCCAAACUCCAUAAUGUUCCCUCCUAUCCAGAUGCACAACCUCUAUAGCCAGCCUGUCACCACCACCAUGGACUGGAACGGCCACCAUGACUAUGCAGGAAACCAACUAGAGUAUCAUCAUUUCUAUGGCACCAACCCAUACUUCCAUCCUCACCCCUUCUGGCACUUCUCUCCAGUGACCCCCAUGUCUCUGUACAACCCCUAUGCAAACUAUAAUCCAUAUGCAGCAUACCAGAGGCCAAGCCAGGGUCAGGACAUAUGGCCACAGGGCUUCACCAUGAGAGGGGAGCUUCAUUGGGGGAAACUAGAGAGGGUCUUUGGACCUAGACGGGAACUUCCAGAGUUUGUGAAGGAGGAUCUCCGCAGGGUUUAUGGCACCUACCCAAGGACUGAUGUUUCCAUAACCUUCCAGAACAAGGAAUUCCUGGUGAAAGGAGACCCCAGAGUGGGAGAACAGGACUACACGGUCAAAAAGAGAGUCAUCCGAAGGGAUCCCACCCCAACAGCUAGCGAAGCUGAUGAUGACAGCGAGGAACGAAACAGGAAGAAGAAAAAGAAAUCUAGACGUUGAUGGAGCCAGCUCCCUACAAAACUGGUGCUCCUUGUCCCCACGGCCAAAGAGUUGGCAGCUGAAUUCUUGGGAAGAAUACUGGGAACUAGCAUGGACAUACAACGCUGUCCACUCCCCUUAGGCAAGUUUUGAACUACUGCCAAAAAUGUAAUUAUUUAAUUCCUCUGCCUACUUUCCCCACGCUCCAUAAACACACGGACAUAGCUUAUACUCCAGCUGACUGACACGUACUACACAUUCCUCCCACCCUCCCCAUGUGCACCACAGUAUCGGUUGGUCUCUUGGAUAUUGGCUUUGAAUGAGAAUGUAUAGGCUUCCAUUUGGCUGACCAAAAUAUAGUCACAAUCUGCUUGCUAGACUGUGCCCCUUUAGAAGAGGAGUUGGUGAGUCUUUUUUUAACUAGGGAAAGGAGCACCAUCCCACCUGUCACUAAUUUGGCCUCUUGUUGGCAGCCCUCUGCAGGGUGAAUAGCCAGGAAGACUGGACUCCCUCCAUCUCUGCCACCUUGCCACACUUCUGAGGACAGUGUGGUUUAGUGUUCAAACAAGACACUUUCACAUGCAGCUGUCUUUGUGUACACCCUGUAAUUACUGCUUCAUACAGAAGAUUGUACUGUUGUUCACUAUGGAAUUUUUGUGUCAGUGCUUCACUGCAGGCUGGAAGAAGGUGAUGUAAAGAGAUCCCCUUGUACUCACUGGUGGGUCUGGUGAUCCCUCUUUCUGACUUCAUGUCCUCAUUCUGAGGACAUGAACCUACAGUAUCUUCCUUCGCAGAAGAACCUAACUCGGAUCCAAGUCAGCACAGCUAUUGCCAGGUGGGCACGGGAAAAGACACAACUGUGGAUGCCAGUUUACGAGCGCCACUGACAUACUUCAGAUGUCACAGCUGUUGUAUGUUCCUCAGCGCUAGCCUUUUCCCCGUGCCAGGUCUGAAGAGGGGAUCUACGGCUUGCAGGGCAGGCUGCACUGGAAGCUUGUUGCGGGCCCGAGGGCAGUCCCUAAGUUGCUUGCAAAUUUAUGUAGCUUUUUAAAUAAUAAAAAAGUAAAAUGUGAA